GAGCCCCGCUUCAUCUCCGUGGGCUACGUGGACGACACGCAGUUCCUGCGCUUCGACAGCGACACCGAGAAUCCCAGGAUGGAGCCCCGGGCGCCCUGGAUGGAGAAGAUGGGGCCAGAGUAUUGGGAAAGGGAGACACAGACCUCCAAGUGCAACUUACAGAGUCACCAAGUGAGCCUCAACACCCUGCGCGGCUACUACAACCAGAGCGCAGGCGGCUCUCACACCUUCCAGAGGAUGUAUGGCUGCGACGUGGGGACAGAUGGGCGCCUCCUCCGCGGGUACCUUCAGGAUGCCUAUGAUGGCGCGGAUUACAUCGCCCUGAAUGAAGACCUGCGCUCCUGGACCACCGCAGAUGCGGUGGCUGAGAUCACCAAGAGGAAGUGGGAGGCAGCCGGUGACGCAGAGAGCUUCAGGGCCUACUUGGAAGAAGAUUGCUGGAAGUAUCUUGCAGGCUACCUGGAGAAAGGGAAGGAGUCGCUGCUGCGCACAG